CACAAAUGAGUCGUAAACCACAUAAUAGAAAGAAAAGAAAAGAAAAACGAAGAGAAAGCAAGGAAGAAAACAAUGGCGGAUUGGGGCCCAGUUUUCGUGGCUGUGGUUCUCUUCCUCCUUCUAUCCCCCGGCCUUCUCUUCCAAAUCCCCGGCCACAACAGCUUCGUUCAGUUCGGCAACUUCCAAACCAGCGGCGCCUCCAUUUUCAUCCAUUCCCUCAUCUUCUUUGCCCUAAUUUCCCUCUUCACCUUCGUCAUUCAACUUCACAUCUACAUCUGAUCAUCCCAAAAUCAAACUCAGAUUCUUCCUCUAUUUCCAAUUUCCAGGUCAAUUGGUGAUUUAAAGAUGGUAUCAAGAGAAGGUUCGUUCAGGAAGUCUUGUGUUCAAAUCGAUACAUUAUUUGUUUUCCUUCUCAAUCUAGACAAUUGCAAAUAUAUAUUUUCUUUUUAAUCAAUCGAGACAAUUGUAUAGAUAACAAUAUUUUUAAAUAAUUGCAAAUAUAGCAAAGUUUGUAAUCUAUCGUCGAAAAAAUACAUCAAAUCCACGACUUGAUUUUGCCAAA